GCUGACUUGUCAGACCAGUCCUGCUCAGGAGCGUUCCUGGAGCCCAAGCUCUUCUGCACAGAGGACGCAGCAGACAGCAGAGACCAUGGAGCCCCCCUCAGCCCCUCCCCACAGAGGGCGCGUCCCCUGGCAGGGGCUCCUGCUCACAGUCUCACUUGUAACCUUCUGGAACCCCCCCGCCACUGCCCAACUCACUAUGGAAUCCGUGCCGCCCAAUGCUGUGGAGGGGAAGGACGUUCUUCUAGUCGUCCACAAUCUGCCACAGGAUGCUCUUGGCUACAACUGGUACAGAGGGGACAAGGUGGACAGCAGCUAUCGAAUUGUAGGAUAUGUAACAGGCACUCAAGUAAACACCACAGGGCCUGCAUACAGUGGUCGAGAGACAAUUUACCCCAAUGGAUCCCUGCUGUUCCAGAACAUCACCCUGAAUGACACAGGACACUACACCCUACAACUCAUAAAGGCAGAUCUUCAGAAUGAAGAAGUAACUGGACAGUUCCGCGUGUACCCGGAGUUACCCAAACCCUCCAUCACAAGCAACAACUCCAGCCCCGUGGAGGACGAAGACUCCGUAGCCUUAACCUGUGAACCUGAGACUCAGGACACGACCUACCUGUGGUGGAUAAAUGGUCAGAGGCUCCAAGACAGUAACAGGAUAGUGAUGUCCCUGGACAACAGAACCCUCAUUUUACUCAGUAUCACAAGGAAUGACACAGGACCCUAUGAGUGUGAAAACUGGAACCCAGUCAGUGGCAACCACAGUGACCCGGUCACCCUGGAUGUGCUCUAUGGCCCCGACGUCCCCACCAUUUCCCCCCCAGUCUCCUAUUACCGUCUAGGUGCAAACCUCAACCUCUCCUGCCACGCGGCCUCUAACCCACCUGUACAAUAUUUCUGGCUUAUCAAUGGGAGUCUCCAGCAAUCCACACAAGAGCUCUUCAUCCCCAACAUCACUGUGGAUAAUAGCGGAUUCUAUACCUGUGUCGCCCACAACUCUGCCACUGGCCACAACAGGACCACAGUCAAGACUAUCACAGUCUUCGCGGAGUUACCCAAACCCUCCAUCACGAGCAACAACUCCAGCCCCGUGGAGGACGAGGACUCCGUAGCCUUAACCUGUGAACCUGAGACUCAGGACACAACCUAUCUAUGGUGGAUAAACGGUCAGAGGCUCCAAGACAGUGACAGGGUAGUGAAAUCCCUGAACAACAGAACCAUUGUUUUACUCAAUAUCUCAAGGAAUGACACAGGACCCUAUGAGUGUGAAAACUGGAACCCAGUCAGUGGCAACCACAGUGACCCGGUCACCCUGAAUGUGCUCUAUGGCCCCGACGUCCCCACCAUUUCCCCCCCAGACUCCUAUUACCAUCUAGGUGCAAACCUCAACCUCUCCUGCCAUGUGGCCUCUAACCCGCCUGCACAGUAUUCCUGGCUUUUCAAUGGGACUCUCCAGCAAUCCACACAAGAGCUCUUCAUCCCCAACCUCACUGUGAAUCAUAGCGGAUCCUAUACCUGUAUCGCCCACAACUCUGCCACUGGCCACGACAGGACCACAGUCAAGACUAUCACAGUUUCCAAUUCUUCAACACAAGGAAAUUCUCCUGGCCUUUCGGCUGGGGCCAUUGUUGGCAUCGUGAUUGGAGUCCUGGCCGGGGUGGCUCUGAUAGCUGCCCUGGUGUAUUUUCUGUAUUUCAGGAAGACUGGCAGGGCAAGCGACCAGCAUGAUCUCACAGAGCACAAAUCCUCAGCCUCCAACCACAGUCAGGACCACUCUGACGACUCACCUGACAAGAUCGAUGAAGUUGCAUAUACUACCCUGACCUUCAAAGCCCAGGAACCAACACAACAAACUUCUGCCUCCCCAUCCUCAGCCACAGAAACGGUUUAUUCAGAAGUGAAAAAGAAGUAAUGCAACCUGUCCAGCUCACUGCACUGCUGAUGUCUUCCAAGUCUCUCACUCUCAUCUCUAGGAGAUCCCAUUACCCUCUGGGGAGAAGGGAAGAAGUCUCCCCCACCCUUCCUUCCCUAAUAGGCACCUCUUGGCUGCCUGGUCACACCCCUCCCUUCAAUGUCAAUACAUGAAAAGGUACAUCCGGGAAUCUGGGAGUCUGUAGGAAACCCAAUCUUCCUUGACAGUGAAAUUUGGCAAAGCCAACUUCCAACAGAGUUGCCAGAACCUCCCCAUCCCUCCCCCUUUCCCCAACCUGGACUUGCUUUAAACUUAUCUAUUUAGCACCCACCUCAGUCCUGCCCUACCAGAGUCUAACUUGAAUUUGCCAUAACCCUGAGGUUAUGCCCUUCUCCACUGAAGUACAUGUGCCAGAAAAAAGGAGAGAGAGAGAAAGUAAAGGCAGUAAUGGCCUCUCCUCUCUCUCCAAAGCCUGGUGUGAACCCACCAUACCCAGAAAAUGAAAUAUAUAACCAAUAGUGACCUUGGAAAUUCUACACCUUUGUCCACUGUCAGGGUGGUCUACCUAUAGGAUCAGGGUCUAGGCACCUUGCUGCUUACCUAAGCCCUUUGGAAAACCUCUCUCCAUAGAACCCACUAGAAUCAACUAGGAAAACUAUUUGCCAAGGUCCACAGGAAAUUCCUGGUAGGAAAUGCAAAAGUGCACAUAUGCUUUAAUAUCUUUAUGGGCUUUAUUCAAGGAAGUGCUGAAAGAGGGAGGAAUUACAGCUUUGGGGGAAACAAGCCUUUAGUUUAUUAUUAUUAUUAUUAUUAUUAUUAUUAUUAUUAUUAUUACAUUUCAGUAUAGUAUGGGGGAAACAAGCCUUUAAUAGACACAAUCUUCUGGGAACUUGCGAAAUGAAUCAGAGAGCUACCCUUCAGAGAUUAUUUAAAUUAUUGUUUACAAAUGCACAAUUUGAGGUAUUGGGGUUUUUCUUCUUUUCUCUGAGACAUUCUGCCAUUUUAAUUUUUGUAACUGUUUAUUUAUGUGAAAAGGGUUAUUUUUACUUAGAUUAGCUGUUAAGCCAAUCUGACUGCCUUAGGUGAAAGAAGCCACCACAAAACCUCAGGUCUCUAGGUCAAGAGCCUCUCGAGGCUUUUUGUCAGAGAUUCCAAAUAGAAAGUAAGAAGAGGCUUCCUCGUUCAUGGCUCGAAAUGGAUCUAACUCAGUUUCUAGGCACCUCAGACCAGUCAUCAAUGAGCAUUCUAUUCCACGUCUCUCCCUGUGCAUCUUCUGUCUGCCCCACUCACUGUCUCAGGAAACCUUGCCUCCGCUAAGGUGCAUUUGGUCCUUGAGAAGUGGGAGCGCCCUACAGGGACACUAUCACCCAUGCUGGUGGCAUUGUUUACAACUAGACGGCUGUACUGGUGCUAAUACCCUUGGGAAACAGGGCUGUGAGAGGGUGUUAGGACAUGGGGGGGGCUUGUUAUAACUCGGCCCUAGGCAUCUUGAACAGCCUCUGAGAUUUUUCCCAUGGGGUCCAUGAACAUGUCUUAGAAUAAAAAGGAAGGGCAGGAGGAGAGGCAAACGUGCUUCUCACCCAGCUUUCUUCUACACAGAUGGAAUCUCUUUGGGGCUCAGAGAAAGGUUUUAUUCAUUAUUGCCUACUUGAUCUCAUGCUAUGCCUAAGAGGCCUUCUCCAAGAGAAUUAGUUGGAAAUUCUAUGAACUCAGGUACCUCUUUCAGGGUUUUCUAACCCUGACAUGAUUGUACAUACUUUCCCUCAUCCAUGCUAUGCUGUUAUUUAAUUUUGUCUGGCUAAGGCCACUUCCCAAUUAUUUGUAAAAUUUGCUCUAUAUUUAUAAUAAAAAUAAUAUAUCAGACACUAA